AUGCCACCCGAAAGAAGCACGAGGGCUGGGAUACUGCCAGUUUGCCUAAGCCUAGACAGGGGAGUCGAGAGGCAGAGGUCGGGUUCGAACCACGGACCAUGCGCUGUAGCACCCUUUUGGUGCCUAGCUACCAUGCCACUCGAAGGUUGCACGAGGGCUGCGAUACUGCCAGAUUACCCAAGCCUAGGCAGGGGAAAUCGAGAUACCACUGUGCUCAACUACCCAGAUGUCUCAACACGAGCCUAUGAACAAUAUGCCUUGAUAAACUGGACAGUUCGGUUUGCCAGGAUUCUAGGGAGGCACUGGACUCGAGUUUCGCUCUUAUUAGAGCUCAUCAGCAGUGCAUAUCCAAUGGCCGUGCCGGGAUUUGAACCCCGGACAUCUGACAUGCGAGGCGAGCGUGUAAGCACUACCCUACCAACGCACGUUGGUAGGAACGGGCAAAUGUGUUCACACUUGAGCGAUGUCCGUGGUUCGAACCCAACCUCUGUCUCUCGACGUCCCCUGUCUAGGCUUGGGCAACCUGGCAGUAUCCCAGCCCUCGUGCUUCCCUCGGGUGGCAAGGCACUUAGGCUGGGAAAGGGUGCUACAGCGGAACGACUUUCUAAGCUGAUCAACAAAAUGAAUGACAUCCUUCGGUUGUUCUCCUGUUCUGGCGUAAGUAUCUCGGAGCGUCCACACCAAAGGGAAGCACUGGACUCGAAUUUCACUCUUAUUAGAGCUCAUCAGCAGUGCAUGUCCAAUGGCUAUGCCGGGAUUGGGACCCCGGACAUCUGA